AUGCGUUGUAGCUUAUUCGCUAGUCAAAUUAUUAGUGCAGGCCUCGCGAUUGUGCCUGUCGCACACGCGUUGUCCCCGCGCACGGAGAUCUCCGACUCUUAUGAUUUCGUGAUCAUUGGAGGAGGACAAGCUGGACUUACUGUUGGUGGUCGUCUUGCUGAAGACACAAAUCAUACAGUUCUAGUUCUGGAGGCAGGUGGCAAUGGCGAUGAUUAUCGUGAACGUAUAGAUACCCCAGCAUACUCAUACUAUGAUUCAUUGUGGACAACACCAUUAAAUUGGAAAUACUACACCGUUCCACAGUCUAAUGCCGACGACCGAGAGAUCUAUUGGCCUCGUGGCAAGGUGCUUGGAGGCAGCUCCGCGAUCAACGGGUUAUAUCUAACUCGCCCAGGCGAGGGUGAUAUUACCGCCUGGAAAGAUCUGCUGGGCGACAUGGACGGAGCAGAGAAUUGGUCAUGGGACUCCUUCUACGCUGCCAUGAAGAAGAGUGAAAAUUUCACCGCACCAAGCGACUCUAUCGCUGAAGAGGCCGAUAUUCAUUGGGAUAUUUCAACCCAUGGCACCCAGGGACCGAUCCAGGCAUCCUACCCGGGAUACACAUUCCCCCAGGUGGGCUACUGGUCCGAAUCCCUGGAAAACAUCGGCAUUUCCAUUUCCUCGGACAUGUACGGUGGUGACAAUUGGGGCGCCGAGGUCUCAACAUCCUGCAUCAACCCUUCCAACUGGACACGAUCCUAUAGUCGGACUGGCUACCUCGACCCACUUCCUGAUCGUGGAAACUACGACGUUCUGGCCAAUGCGUAUGUGACUCGCAUUGUCUUUGACACCUCUAACUCGGACAACUUGACGGCGACUGCGGUUGAGUACACAACUGAUAACGGUACCACAACAUCAACGGUCAAUAUCACCAAGGAGGUGAUUCUCUCUGCUGGGUCGAUUGGCAGCCCGGCAAUCCUGAUGUACAGCGGUGUUGGACCUAAGGAUGUUCUCUCCGAUGCGGGUAUUGAUCUUCUUUCUGAACUGCCCGGUGUCGGCCAACAUCUGCAAGAUCACUUUAGCGCUACUGUGACAUGGAACAACACUGUGACCACCUCCGGCGACAUUUAUUAUGAAGAUGAGACCGACAAGGACACCGAACUCUACCUCUCAUACAUCGACGACGCCAUCGCCUACGUCAACGCUACCGCGAUGUACGGAAGUGAUGUUUCCUCAAUGGAAUCAAGUAUUCUCGCUUCCAUUGACCAGUACGCACCUAACUCGACAUACGGCGACGAGGUGAUCGCGGGCUACAAAGCCAUCUGCAAUAUCACAGCCAAGAAUAUUUUCAACAGUCCCACCGGUAUCAUCGAGCUCUUGUUUAUGAACAGCGCUGCGGAUGGUGUCAUUGGUAUCACCGCUGCUCUCCAGCACCCAUACAGCCAUGGUCGUAUCUACAUCAACUCCUCGAACCCUCUGGACUACCCUGUCAUCGACCCGAACUACCUUUACAACCCAGCUGAUUACGAGAUUCUCCGUGACGGCCUGAAGAUGGCACGCAGCAUCGGCGAAGCAACCCCACUAAGCAACAACCUGACAGUGGAAACAGCACCCGGCUCAGACGUCUCGACCGAUGACGAUUGGGUAACCUGGUUGCGUGGUGCUGCCAGCACAGAAUUCCAUCCCUCGUCCACAUGUGCCAUGCUUCCACUCGAGUUGGGCGGUGUUGUCGACGCAAACCUACUGGUUUACGGCCUGGCGAAUGUUCGCGUCGCAGAUGCCAGUGUUCCCCCAACCUCACUGUCUACGCACCUCAUGGCCUCAACAUAUGGAGUUGCUGAGAUGGCGGCGAGCAUUAUUCGUGGAUUCUACAAUGGUGUGCCCUUGACGCAGUCUUCUGGUAGCAGCACCAGUAGUAGCAGUGGCUCUACUGCCACUGCUGCGGCGAAGAGCGCUCAAACAGGAUCAGACGUUGCGCCAAGUAACAGCGCUUCUGGUAAUGGGGGAGCCCUUUUGUACAGUUGGAUUUCUUUUGUUCUCAUCAUUGGCUUGUCUUUGUAG